GCCGGGAAUGGGACCGGGAAUGAGCCGGGAACGGAGAGGGGCUGGCGUAAAUAAACCAUCGGUGCAAGCCACGGCAUGAAACCUUCGGCUCUGAAGCACAUCACAGUUUUUUCUCCCCACACUCACACCCUGAAUAAAAUCCACGUGCCCCCCAAAGUCCUCGUGCCACCCGUUUUCCACCCUCCGAAAUGGAGGAGGGCCCUUGCCGGGGAAGGGGGAUCUGCCUGCAGCCCGCAGGACUGCCGGGACUCGGACGCUGAGAGCCUCCCUGAGGAGGGACAGGACCAGCUGGGGCUCCAGGAGAUGAUCCUGGACAACGAAGAGCUGCUGGGACUGAGUUCUGAUGAGCUGGACAGUGACAGCCUGGAGGAGGUGAGCUCGGGAGAAUACCCCAGCCCAAACGGAGCACAGAAGGAUCGAGGGAAAAAACAGUCUGUGGACAAACAUUCCAGCCAAAGGUACAAUCCUAAGUGGAAGAACACAAGAAAGGCAGGGAAAGCAUCUCAAGCUGGAGGAAGCAUUGUGGACUUUUCACAGGAGUCAUUUUACCUCCACUCCAGUGGCUCCUCAGAAGAAAAGAGCCAAGAGGAGGCAAAAGCCCAGGAUUCAUUCUCAGAGUUUGAUUCAGAAUUUUUAAGCUUUCAUAACCCAAAUGUCCUGGUCAGCAAUGAGCCCCUUGGGCUGCAGACCAAAAAGAAGGAAUCUGCAGAUGGUUGCCAGUCCAAAGAUCGACCACAGAGAGCAAAAAAAAACUUUGUGAAGAAAAAUAAACAGACUUUAGGAUUGCCCUCAGAGAGGAUAAAUUCCUAUCUGGAGUUACACAAUAAAAAGCAACAAGUUCUUCAAGAGCAGGUUACAGAUCCUAAAACAGUUGAUGAGGAAGAACCACCACCCCAGACUGUGAAAAAGAAGCCUAAAGACAACCUGAAAGGGCAGCAGCUCAAGGAUCAGCACAACAAGUUCUCCCAGAGGAAUAAAGCAAAACCCACUGGGAAUCUCAAUGGAAAAGAUUUUCCAGGGAAAGGCAGCCAACAACCACCAGGAAGAGCAGCAGAACCGAAGCCUUGGCACCAGAGUGCCAAGCAAAUACCAGGAUUUCAGGCUGCUCCCAGGCCAGUGGAGCAGGUCAAGAGCACUGCCCUGCAGGAAUCUCUGCAUCCAAACCCUUCUGCUGGCCCUGACACAGAUCCAGCAGCAAAAUCCAGCACUUGCUUCAGUAAUUCCCCAAUUUCAAGAUGUUUUCAAGAAUUGAAGGAUCAAAUCCUGCUUCAGGACUGCAAAAAAUACAUCCAUGAGGAUAAAAGCUCACCACCAGCCCCUUGUUCAACCUCCAGGUUCACCCAGAUGAUGGAGCAGCAUCACCCAGGAAUCCCUGGUUUGGCAGGAGCUCACUUUGCUGACAGGUGGCUGCUCAGCCUCCUCCCACCUCCAAUCCCAUGGUCACCAAGUGGCUCCAAGGAGGAUCUGGAGGGAGGUGGAGGAAAUCCACUGACAACAAGGAGGAGCAGCUCAGAGGCACAUCUCAUGCAAAUGAAAAAGGAAACCCUGCCUAAAGUCAGCAAGAAGCCAUGUGGCCCCAAAGUCUGCAUAAACCUGAACGUGAAGCUCGGGGGCCUCGGACCUGACUAUGAAGCCAUCAAAGAGAAAAAGCAGAAAUUGAAGGUGCAAAAGGAAUAUUCAAAGCAGAUUAAGGAAUACAACAUGAAAAAUAUUACUUUAGUUCAGAAGUUACCUACAAAGCCUCAGGUCACCCCUUCAGUGUCGAGACAGAAGGCACUGGAAUAUGCUAAGAAGAUUCCAAGGCCAAAGACUUUCAUGACAAGACCAUCAGACAAAGAGGGGAAAGAGGAAGUUCAGCCCCAGAGUUCAGAUGGAAGCAGUUUCCCCAAAAUCCCAUCCCUGGAGACUCUGCGAAGUAGACACGAGAAGGAGAAGGAGGUUGUGGCUGCCUUCAAAGCCCUUCAUAUCUUAUAAGGGAUAUAUCUGAAAAUAUCUGGGAUAUCUUCAAAUCAAAAAUGCCUCAACUACUUGAUUAAGAGCUCUGACCAUCACAUAUUGAUUUACCAGCCCAUUGAAAUAUGAAGUGGCUCAAGUUUAAUCAUUGGUACAUUUUGGGCUCAG